AUGACGUUCCCUCACCCCGGAGUAUUACAAAGCCAACCAGAAUCCAUUACAGGCUCCAUGCUAAAACAGGUGCAAAAUCCAGAAGAAGUUGAGUCCAUUGAGAAGAAAUUGCCAGUAGCAUACAGAAUUCGAGAGCAGCAAGCGGUAAACAACUUCCCAUUUUCAUCUCAUGACAACAAACAUUGUUUACAGAAUAGAGGGGAGUACUUUGAUUUUGGUUUAGGACGAAAGAAGGUUAAACCUGAAAGAAGUCAGCAGAAGUCAGAAAAUUUCUUUCUAUGGGCACAUGAGUCCAUUCCUAGCAGUAAUGAUGGCUUCAGCAUUUAUCAAACAUCAUUCACAGGGGACCAAAACACUGAGCGCCCUUUUUGUAGGCGAUAUCCAAAACAGCACUUGGAAAGAUGUUGCAUUGAUAAGCCCAUCCUGAGAAUGAAAAACAAAUAUAGUUAA